AUGAAAUACGUGGGAGCUUAUCUCCUGGCAACUUUGGGAGGAAAUGCAUCUCCAUCUGCAAAGGAUAUCCUUGCGAUCCUUGGAGCUGGAGGGCUUGACUGUGAUAUGGAAGAUGCCAACAAGGUCGUAGAAGCUUUGGCUGGCAAAUCCGUCUCGGAGCUCAUGGAGGAGGGAAAAAAGAAGCUUUCAUCAAUGCCAUGUGGUGGAGGUGGUGGCGGUGCCGCUGCCCCAGCUGCUGCUGGUUCUGCUCCUGCUGCCGAAGCACCCAAAGGUGAGCUUCAGAAAUAA